CCAUCUCCUCCCUCUGCGCCUUUUUACGCACAAAACAAGUCAGAGCGCACACACGGCUGGAGGAGAAAACAGGAGAGACAAUAGACAAUAGUUUGGGUCAUCAUGGUGUUUGGAUUUUUUCUAUAAGCACCAUCAUGCACGUCGGACUGUGAGGUGCAGGAGAAACGACCUGAGUGUAAACACGUCUGUUCAUUAACUGGACGAAAGUUUCCCCAGUUUUUAAUGCUGCCAACGGAAAUUUCAGGAGGAGUGUGUUUCACCUCAAGCGAUCACACUGAGGGAAGGAGAGAAGGGAUGAAAACAGAGGAGAGCCAGCAGUCCUGUCUGCAGCAGCCUCCGUCCUCAACGCCUUUUGGUCCGGAGUUCAGGGGAGGGGGUGAGCUGUGUGCGGGCUGCGAGUCACCCAUCGCCGACCGCUUCCUGCUGCGCGUGAACGAGCGCUCCUGGCACGAGACCUGCGUCAAGUGCGCCGUGUGUUUGAGCGCGCUCAGCGGCACCUGUUACUGCAGGGACCGCCUGCUUUACUGCAAGCACGACUAUGAAAAGCUCUUUGUAAGGAAGUGUAGCGCCUGCCUGCAGGUGAUUGGCCGUUCAGAGCUGAUAAUGCGCGUGCUAGGCCAGGUAUACCACCUGGGCUGCUUCAGCUGCUGUGAGUGUGAACGCCGGCUGCAGAGAGGUGAUGAGUUUGUGUUGAAGGAAGGACAGCUGCUCUGCCGCAUGGACUAUGAAAAGGAGAGGGAAAUGCUUGCUGCUAUCAGUCCAACACCCACUGAAUCAGUGAAGAGUGAGGAUGAGGACGGAGGAGGUGGAUCUGGAGGGGGGAAGGGGGGUGAUGAAGGCAAGGAACACAAGCGUUCAAAACGACCCCGAACUAUCUUGACCACACAGCAGCGCCGUGCGUUCAAGGCCUCCUUUGAAGUGUCAGCUAAACCUUGCCGUAAGGUGCGAGAGACACUAGCUGCUGAGACUGGGCUGACAGUGCGUGUGGUUCAGGUGUGGUUUCAAAACCAGAGAGCCAAGAUGAAGAAAAUAGCUCGCAGACAGCAGCAACAGCAGCAGCAGCAGCAGGAACAAGAGCAGCUUGGAGGGACCAGAAGAGGACCGAGCAGAGGGGGACGUCAGAGCAACGACGACAGCGAGGAUGGCUCUAGUACACACGGAAUGGAUGGGAUCCUGGGUUAUCCCUCUUUGCCACGUCAGCAACUACUCGCUCUGGACAUUUAUGGUGGAGAGCCAUUUCGACAUGGUCUUACACCUCCACAGCUGAGCAACGAGCAGCUCCACUCCUAUGACUCAGAGACAGUGUUCCAUGACCUGGACAGCGAUGGAAGCCUCGGUCACCUUGGUGACUGCCUCUUAGCAACAGGGGAAGGCGGCCUCCUGCCAGGCCGUGUGGGAAACCCCAUCGACCGCCUCUACUCCAUGCAGAACUCCUACUUCACCUCCUGACCCUUAUAAACUCUCACCCUCUCCCCUCCUCUUUCACCUUUCACCUCAAUGAUGCAGCUAUUGGAGUCUGUCCAUCAACAUGCCUGUGGGACCACUCUCCAUGAAACAGCUUACACCCAAACACUCUUCUGAGCUUUUAUCACUGGCCAAAAUCACACCAAUACAGGCAUAGUCAUAAUUUAACUUUACCGCAGACUAGCAUAAUGUUCCAUUAUCCUUCUCCUAGAUUAUAAUCACAUGCUGGAAAUACAGACACUGUAAAUGUCCAAGAUAUGUAACAGGACCUCAGUUUCUCUAGUUGUAUUUAUGUAUUGUUGAAUGAAACACUUGUUUCAUGGCACUUUUCAUGAAGAAAACAAAAUGAACAUCAAAAGUAGAUGUAUAUUGUAUUUUAAAAAAUAAUUGGUUUUGGAAAAUGAAUUGUUAAAUUAAGAAACAGUUAGUGAAGAAAUCUUGGCAGGACUUUUGAGAAGCUAAGGGUCUAAAUUAUAUGAGUAUAUUGCCUAACUUUUUUACCGGACUGGUGACUAACUAUUGUGUGUGAAAGACUGCAGCAUAUACAACACUGUAUAUGGAUUGGAGUACAGUUUUACUCUCAGGUUAGUGUGUAUGUUUAUGUUGCCUGAGCCUUAACUCAGGAUAUUGUGCUGGCUAGCCCAAUGACUUCAACAAAGUAUACUGGAAAGAGUUAAAGAUGAUAUUUGAAGUAACUGUCCUCAUAAAAUGAUAAUUUAGGUCACAUUCUUGUUUUUGGUUAAGCAUGACAUGUAUAAUAUGUACCAAAAAACAAAACAAAAAAAUUGCAUUCAGACAGUACAGGGUCAUUUGAAAUGCCUUAUGUGGAAACAGGGUUGUUUAAGGAAGUACCGCUUUAGCUUUCCCUUUUCUUAUGUGAUGUAAUCUCAAAGAAGCAGUGCAGCAAACAAAAACCAAUGGAUCUUUAAUGCCCAAAAUAUAGGACAUUGGGUACACGCUGAUGUGCUCCAAAUGUAAAUGUGAGUAUCACUGUGUUACAAUUAAUUGUUGUAGUCAACUUCUGUAAGUAUUUCUUUCUUGAACAUCUAAAAUAAGAUGUUAGGUAGAUAUUUUGUACCUUCUGUGAUAAUCAGCAAAUAUUUAAACUGUAGCAUGAUAUUUAUGUGUCACCACAUAGGUUUAAAAAAUAGCCUCCAGACUUAAGUUGGACAGUGGUGCUAUGGGAAGCAUCGGGAUCCGACUCACAAUGUGGUGCAGAAUAAAAAUAGGAUUAGGGAGAUAAUUGUUUCAUUUAGGUACCAGUGACUGGCUACACCUUGUGACAUUUCUCAUGAUGUUAUGUUUGAUCACUAACUCAUGGUAUUUUUACUGUGAUAUUUUUGUGAAUGUAACUUAUUUGUGCAGUAUUAGGCGAGUUCCUAUCUUUCUUUUUUUGUUCAGUGACUGCAAGGUGAUGUGCUUUGAAUGUAAUGUUGCCGUAUCUUCAAUACAAUGUGCGGUUUCAUCUUU